AUGGAGCACCAGCCGGCGACGGCGACGGCAGCAGCAGCGCCGCGCCCGAAUGGACUGCGCCCUUCGAACCACCUCGUCGUCACCCACGAGGGACGGAAACCGCUCUUCGCAGCCGCCAGCAAUGCGCGAGACAAGACCACCGACAGCAGGACUAACGGCGCUGCUCAGGCGUCGCCCCGUCCCAAGCCCGGGCGCCUGGCUGUCGAGGCCGGCAAUAGACCAGCACUAGGAGUUGGCCUGGGCCUCGCGCGCAGGACCAAAUCCGAGUCACAACCCACAAGAAACAGCGGCGCCAACGGAGACGGAAACAUCAACGACAACCACAGCAGCGGCAGCGGCAGCGGCAACAGCGUCAGCCUGGUCUCCCCCGGCGGCACCCGCAUCCCCCGGCCGUCCAGCUCAACGUCCAGCUCCGCCUUCCACCGACGACGGCCCAUCUCGCUCGCCGAGGCCUUUCGCCUCGCCGAGGAUGAAGAGGCCGAAGCCAAGCGCGCCCAGGCCUUGGACGGCUCGCCCAGCCCGGCACCCAGGUCAUGGAGAGCCAGGGGCGCCCGAGACGAGGCCAAGAUGCGCCAGAUGCUCGGCCAGGAUCAUCUCGACACCAAGGCACGCAGUAGGCAAGCAGCCGGCGAGUCGAGCGACAGAAACCCCUCGAAACCGACGGCCGAGUCUGCCCCCAUGGAGCCCGGGCCACAAGAAGAAAAGGCGACUCCCCCAAGGAAUCACAUGCAGACCUGGAAGCCUAGCCCUCGAGUCAGCCCUGUUCGACAUGAAAAUCCCAAGUCACCGCCGCCAGACCACCACAGCGGCAGUGACGGCCACGACAUCCCCGACCUUGUCCCCGGCAUCGAAGACAUCCCCCUUCCCUCGGUAGAAGCGGCUGACCGGGGGCCGAACCGAUCCCCGCGGAGAAAUAAUGCCAUCGCAUCUCCGGAAAAAAGCUUCGACUGGCAGGUCGAGGCCGACUUUACGGCUGGAGACUUGCAAAUCUCGGACAGCCCGAGAAUCAGAGUAGAGAGCAACCGGCCUUUCGCGAAUCGUCCAUCCUUGGUGAGCACCGACGACAAAAUCUCCAUCAGGUCCCCGCCGCGGCUCACGCACCCCGGGUCGCGCAACACCAAGCUCGACGAGAUUCGGGCGCGCGAGCUCAAGCCGACCAACCAGAUCCUGGCGGAAAAGUCGCAGCCUCGGCAGAGCAACACCAAGCUCGAUGAGAUUCGCGCCAGGGAAAAGGCGGUCGAGGCCCAGAUCCCCAUUCCCGAUCGGAACCAGCUGCGGCCCAAAAACACCAAACUCGACGAGAUACGGCAACGGGAGGCCGAGGGGCUGUCGAAGCGAGCUUAUGCCUCGGCUCGCCUCGAGGAGAUACGAGAGCAAAACUCGACGUCGCGGUCCGUGUCGCCGGAAGAGGCGAGACCACGCUCAGGCAAGCAAGGAGAGCAUCCGGAUCAGCGCAAGGCCACGCCUGGAGGCGGCCAAGACAAGAGACUUCCCACGCGAACCAAGCCUGUGCUCGGCAAUGGCGAGCGUAUCCCGGACACGCCGAUCACCGUCUUCAAGAACCGGCGUACCACAGAGAGGGGGGCGAAUGGGGGCAACUUCGAAAAGGAAGCGACUGACAAGGGUGCUGACGACAAGCGAGACUCGCACGACCUACUGCGGCGCUUGGCAAGAGCGACGAGUGCCAGUCCCGCGCCAGAGCCAGACGCGAGCAGCAAGCGGCCGCCGUCUCCGCGACGGGAGACAAAUGGCGAUGAGCCGCGACCAAAGCCGUCGGCACUUGCGCGCUUUCCCGACAAGGGCAGGAAAAUGCCGGCAGCCAUUGCCAGCUCAAGAGACAAGGACGGCCCCAAGCCGACCGUGGGAUUCACGGGGCUGCGGCGGUCGGAGUCGCUGGACCCGGCUAAGAGCAAGAGAUCCAGCGUUCAGUCCGAAGCCGACCCCACGGAUAGAAUCGAGGCAGAGAUACUACUGUUUGCGCCUCAGGAAAAUCAGUCUGAGCGAGGAUCCGUCCGCGCGCUGUCCCCGCAACCCAGCUCCGACGAUGACGAGCUGGCCGAGGCAACACCAAGGGCCGACAGGCACGUCUUUGCGAGCAUGCCGACACCCAAAGUGACGGGCGCAUACGUCGAAACCCCUGCGACCUUGAAGGUGGAGAGGAGAAGGGACGAGGCGGACGAGCGAAGGCAGGGCAGGCGAGCUCACCGGGACGCGGCCGUCGUGUUCGGUGAUGAGAAAGCUGGUCUCGAAUGGAGAAGACGGGACCAGGACGCGGCGUCGGACCCGGGCACGAGCGACUACAACAGGGACGGCGAUGCAGUGUCGGCGGCGGUGGCGCUUAGGAGGCGGCGCCGUGCCCGAUCCCUGCCGCGCCGCAGACCGCCGCUGAGAAACUCGGCCAAGCUGCCGUCGGUCAAGGGCGACCUGCUCGAGCUGCAGCGCAUCCACAACAUUGACGACUCGACCAUGGACGACGUCGAGGAUAUUCUGCUGGGGCGCAGAAGAUCGGAAAGGCUGGAGCUGCUUCAAGAGGACGACGGCAUCGGCGGCUCCGACGACGAGCAGCCCCUCGUCAAGCGCGAGGACAGCAGCGAGGCCGAUAGCGGCGAGCCAAAGCUCAACGGAAAGUACGGGGUCAAGGACACGGCGCUCUUUGAUCGGAUGAGCAAGUCGCUGUACGCGGGGCUCUGGAACAUCCGCACCGCCAAGCAGGGCAUCGAGCGGCUCGAGGACCGCUUCUCGCACGCCGGCACGCGGCUCGAGCCGGCUCCUGGCGCCGACACAAAGGCGCCCCUCAGCGAAGAACCCGACGUCGACAUGCGCAAGAUUCCCGCAAAGCACGAGGAGCACUGUGCGGCGUGCCUCGCGCAGCCAAGCCCCGAGGCCAUGACGUACAUCCACCUGCCCGUCCCGCGGCUGUACUACACGACGCCGCGCUUCCGCCUCAGCCUGCUGGGCCUGGUGCUGGCCGUGGCGUCUCUGUGGCUCACGCUCGAGUCGGCCAUGUGCGCGCGCUACUGCCGACCAGCAACGUGCUCGUCGGGCGAGUGCGUCUACUCGUUCGACGACCCGACGUUUGGCGCGGCGCUGCCCGUCAAGCUGGACCAGUGGACGACGGGCGGGCACGGGCGUGCGCUGCUGGGGCGGGCGGCGGACGAGGCGCUGGACCUGGUGGCGGACCUCGAGGACCUGGCGCUCGGGCGCAGCAUCAGCGACGUGCCCCUGCGCGGCAUGUCGCCUGCGCAGAAGCGGCAGCACCGGCGGCGCCUCGCCAAGAGGGGGCUGCCCGUCGGGUCGUCGUCGUCCACCGCCGACCCGCCGCCGCCCGAGCAGCGGGCCAAGUGGGAGGCGUGGCGGCGGGCACGGCUGGCGCGGGACCGAAGGCGCGAGGUGCGCGAGAUGGGCUACUUCGACGCGGCGGGCGGGCGCGACGAGGGCGCGGCCAUUGGCGAUGACGAGCGCGUUGGCUGA